UAACCUGGAGUUUUACGUUGGAUUCAUUAUUCUCCCGUCUCCGUCGUCGUCGUCAAUAUCUUCAUAUAUUAUUGCUGGUUGAGAUGAGCUCCGACAGAACCAAAGAGCCAACAAAUUAAAGUUCAUCCAUCCACCUCCCAAUCAUGGAAAACCUAGCCUCUGACAAACAUAACCAAAAACACGAUGAUGAUGACGAUGAUAUGUUCCUUCCCGGAUUUCGGUUUCACCCCACCGAUGAGGAGCUCGUAGGGUUUUAUCUUCUCAGGAAAGUCCAGAACAGACUCCUCCCCCUCGACUUCAUCAAGCAGAUUGACAUCUACAAAUUCGAUCCUUGGGAUCUUCCUAAGACUGCCAGUAGUGUGGGAGAAAAUGAAUGGUAUUUCUUCUGCAAAAGAGGGAGGAAAUACAAGAACAGUAUCAGACCUAAUAGGGUGACAGGCUCCGGAUUCUGGAAGGCCACCGGCAUCGAUCGCGAAAUUCACGCCGCCGCAGCCGGCCGCCGCCACUGCAUCGGUCUGAAAAAGUCAUUGGUCUACUACCGAGGAAGCGCCGGAAAAGGCACCAAAACCGAAUGGAUGAUGCACGAGUUUCGGCUUCCACCUCAGCAUCAUAAGAGCAGCUCCGCCGCCAUCCCCACUCAUCCUAAAAACAUCGCUCAAGAAGCUGAAGUUUGGACACUUUGUCGAAUUUUGAAGCGCAAGAGCAUGUCGGAGUGGAAAGAAUUAACGGCGGCAAAGAGAAACAGUACUAAUCCCUCUGCAGAAACAUGCAGCAACGAGUCGCCCGGUGGCAACCAGCUGCUGCAGGAAAACUACAUUAGUUUCAGUAAUCCACUCAACGACGUUAAUCUUACUAAGCACAACCAUGAAGCGAGAAGACCCUUUGGCGGCAUUAGUGUUAAUGUCGAUAAUCCUAAUGAUAACAACGUUGAUUAUCAUAUCAUCUAUGGCAGCCACCAGCAGCAACUGCUUAGAGGGCAGCAGAUAAACAAUAAUAAUCAUGUUUCUCAAUCUCCAUAUCCACUACCUCCUGCUGCGAAUUCCUUGCUGUCCAGUUUUACGUCUGCAACUCCAGAAAUAAUUAAUGGAUUCCCGAAGCAUGCAGAUUGGGAAGAGCUGAGAUCUGUUAUUCUAGGGUUUUCCACUCAUCCCUAGAUACUAUACAUACCAUUACUUUGAUAAUUACGAUCAGCUUUAAAUUAAUUUGUCGGUCUUCGUUCUUGUUGUUUUCUCCUUAUCCUUUUCUUUCUUCAAUAGUUGGAUGGACACCUACAUACUGUGUUUCAUACUCCUUGUAACAUGCCUGUUUAUAUUGGACAUCCAUACUUAGCUUACACC